AUGACUUCAUCUGCCGCCCAGCAAGAAUACAACGAACUGUUCCGCGACAAAGACGUAGACACACGCCAUCCCGAAGAUAGAGACAACGAUAGUGACCGCGACGAGCCCACCAAGGAAGAGCACUAUUACGAGCACGACGACCCCGCCGACGACACCGACGAAGAGCUCGGUCUCACAGAGCCCUCCGCCAUGCGUUCCAAUAACUACGUGCUGCCCUCGAUCCGCUCCGAGGCCAACACCGGGCCCAAGGGCGUCAUUGCCGACGCCGCCGCCUUCGAGAAGGCCAAGAAGCAGGCCCGCCGCUUCACCUGGAAGAAGAACCAGCAGCCCACAUCCUACACUGUCACCGCCUACCACGACGAGAAGCUUUCAGACGACGAUGAGGAGGACAGCUUCAUGAAGCAGUGGCGCGAGGCACGGUUGCGGGAGCUACAGAACGCCGGCCAGCGGAUACGGUCUCGCACAACGAGCCCUGCCCGCCGCAUAUACGGCAACAUGCCAGCUGUCGACGGCGAGGGCUUCCUCGAGGCCAUCGAGAAGGUCGCCCGCGACACCGUGGUCGUGGUCUUCAUCUACGACCCCACAUCUGAGAUCUCCGCCAUGAUGGAGGAGCAGAUGCGCGAAGUAGCAAGACGCAACGACACCACCCGCUUCGUCAAGCUCCACUAUGAGGACGCUGAGAUGGAAGUCGCCGGCGUACCCGCCGUCAUUGCCUACAGGAACGCCGACAAGUUUGCCGGCCUGGUGCCGCUGAUGGAUGAGUUCCCCGAGGACUCUGAACUCACAGCCGUGAGCAUAGAAACAAUCUUCAGGCGCCAUCGCAUUCUAAAUUAA